UACACAUUCGGCUUUUGUCCGGCUCCCCAGACACCGCGCUACCAACGCCGACGCCGGUAUACAAUUGCGGUACUCGGUACCACUAUAUAUGAACACAUUAUUAUGAUGUGAAUUACGAAAUACGCGUACCAGUUUUAAAACGAAAAAAUAACAUUCAUACCAUAUUAUAGUUUUUUUUUUUGAAUUUAACAGUUUCAAACUAUUAAAAAAUUUAAAAACAAAUCAUAUCAAUAAUCGUUGCGAUAAAAAAAAUAAUGCGAUUCCAUAAAACAUGAACGGUGUUGAUGAUAGACAUUGAAUCCUUCAACAUGUACGGGUUUACUGCCUAUAAACUUCACACGGUUACUCCAAACCCAUAUUUAAGUUAGGAUGUCUUCAUCAAAAAUGUUGAGAACUACCUUAUGUGACGAAACAAUAAUGAAAAAAUGUCGAGAAAAUAUUUUACCAAGCGGAAUUAUGCACGUAAUAGGUCGGUCGUCCGAUACCGGACGAAGGACAUCUGCAACCGUUCAUUUUAAUACGAAAAUCCCGUUCAACAGUGCCACGGAUCAUCUUUACAGAACAAAAGAUACUUUAAAAUCUUCAACUGGGACUUCUUCUACUGCUACGGGCCAUAGACGUGGAGCGCCAAGACAUGCCUUAGCAAAUCAAAAUAAUACAUUUGGUCGAGGGUCAUUUCCAAACGAUUACAAUGAUGACGGCCUUGACGAUUAUUUAAGUCACAGGCGGUACUCAGCAGACGAAUGUAGCUUAGAUACAGGCAGAAAAUCUUUAACGUUUGACUUGUACGAUAAGAAGCUCUCAGAGAGCAUACACGACGUGCAAAAGAAAUUUCAUGAAAUCACUGUAUGCGAAAACAGCACUGUCAAAGAGAUGACACCAGAAAUACCAGAACCACGAGUGCGAACGCCACCAGAAUUAUCGCGUGUAAAUACCGAUGACCCAGCCGAAUGUGUCAAACAGAUGUUAAAAGCAGCUAGAAACAUGGAGUUGGAAUCAGUUGUUAAUAUUUUGACAAGCCAUGAUGAAGAAUUUUUUAGAAAUAAUAUCAAUGACACGGAUUCUACAGGUCGAACGCUGUUGAGCUACGUGUCAUCGAGUGGCAGCGUCGAAAUAGUUGAAGAGAUAUUUAGAGUACCGGACUUGGAUUAUAACAAACCGGACAAUGAGGACAACACACCAUUACAUUUUGCAUCGCAAGCAGGUCAAUCCGAAAUUGUGUGCCUGUUAUUGAACAACUGUCUAAAACUAGAGAUUGAUGCCAGAAACUGUUUGGGCUUCACACCACUAAUGAAAGCUGCUCUACAAGGGCGCACGAAAUGCGCGAAAUUUCUACUGUACGCAGGCGCUUCGCCCACUAUGCGGGACACCGGUCGGGGCCUGCGGGCCGAACAGUGGGCCAGAUUCUGCGGCCGGUACAAUUGCGCGGACGCGAUUGAGAAACUGGCGCGCAACCGACUGCUGGAACGGACGACGUCAUACGGCCGGUGGGGCAGCGACCCGGAGCUGGGGCCGCAUAUGCUGAUCAAUGGCCGGCUGAUGCAGCCGCCGGCCGCGUCCGCGGUGGCCACGCUCCAGCGUGCGGCCACGCAGCACCACCGCUCGAUCAAGUCGAAACUGAAGCGGGCGUUCCGCACGUCAUCCAAUCCUGACUCGACCAGCGGCACCACCAGCCAGUAUUCGCUGGUGUCGCAGCUCACCGGUGCGGCCCUGUGCGCAAGCAGCCCCGCGUUGCCGGUGCACACGCGCGCCAAGCCAAUGGUCAAGUCGUUGCUCAGACCGUUGACCGUGCCCAAGGUAACCGUCACCGGGCUGCAAGAACCGCUCCAACAGCAGCAACCACCCGUCCCGUCGUCGCCGAACGCCGCCGAUUCUCGGAACAAAAAACUGAAGAACAAAAAGCGAUGAUGGUAACCGACGAACUCGGGUUACGGUUUAAUUAUUAUUAUUACUAUUAUUAUGAAUACAAUUAUUUUUACGUGGUACAGGAUACAAUAAAUAUCGUGAAUUAUCCAUUUU